UGUUAGUGUUGUUUUGUUGCGUUCCAUGUGAUUCUUUUUUUUCUAUAUUCGAAAAUUGGAAAAAAAUUGGAAAAUCUAAAAAAGUGAAGUGAAAAAACAAUUGUUCACACCCGAAAUGAUUUGCGUUGAAUGAAUUCAUCCAAGAUUCUUGAAUUCGAAUUGGAAUUCUUCGAUCAUCGUCAUUGAAUGGAAAAAAUGUCUUGCGGUGGUGUUGUAGUUGGUGAAACAAAUGAAAAUAUUUUCGAAAUUGCUAUCGUAACCAAUAAUAUUAAUUUAGCCAAAUCAAUUAUUCAUCUGGUGAAUGCAAAUUCCUAUUUUAAUCAUCGAAAAGAACUACCACUUCAUUUAAGUGUUAAAAAUGGUAAUCUGAAUAUGGUUAAAUUUCUUAUUGAAAAUGGUGCCGAUGUUAAUAUGAUGGAUCGUUCAUUUAUGUAUCCAUUACAUUAUGCAUGUCAAUUUGUUUAUCCAAAAAUUGCUUCAAUAUUGAUUAGUGCUGGUGCAAAUCCAAAUAUUCAUUCAAUUCGAUCAUCAACACCAUUAUUGUUGGCUAUUGAAACUCAUUCACUUGAACUAGUCAAAAUUCUUGUCGAAUCUGGUGCCGAUAUUGAAAAACAAGAUCAAUCAAAUGGAAAUACACCAUUAAAUCAAGCAUGUUAUAAUUAUCCAUCGAAUACUCAAAUCGAUAUUGUUGAUUAUCUUAUAAAAUGUGGUGCAAAUGUAAAUUCGAAAAAUCAUUCUGGUUUAACACCAUUAUUAACAGCUAUACUUGCUAAUUAUAAUUUAAAUGUACGUCUUAUUAAACUGUUAUUACGUUCGGGUUGUAAUCCAAACGAGGCAAAUUUGGCCGGUAUAUCACCAUUAUUGGCUGCUAUUCGUCGAUCAAGUGAUCAUUUUGAUGAUGGUAAUCAAACUGUACAAUUAUUAAUCGAUCAUGGUUGUAAUGUUAAUGCACGGGAAUUUGAAAAUAAUCAUCAUCGUCAACAACCGAUUGGUUUAUCACCAGGUGGUGAUACUGCAUUAAACAUUUCGAUUGAUCGUAAUCAAGAUUCGAUUACCGAAAAACUUAUUCGUAAUGGUGCCGAUGUAGGUGUGGAAAAUCUACGUGGUGAAACGCCAAUAUUUUCAUUAAUACGUGAUCGUAAAUAUGUUCUUGCACGACAAGCACUAGCAACAUUACCAAUUAUUUCAACAAAAGAUUUACAACAAUUAUCACGUUAUCUAUCCGAUGAAUAUCGUAUGAAUGAAGAUCCGAAAAAUUUUCAACAAAUCAAACAAUUUCUAUUUCAACAACCAGGGUCAUAUUUUCCACGUUUAAUGCAUCUAUGUCGUUGUUCCAUUCGAAAAUCAUUAGGUCGAUAUUCAGAUCGUUCGAUAGAAUAUUUAAAAUAUCUGCCUGAAUCAAUACGAUCGUAUUUAAUGUUGAAACAAUUGUAAAUUCAAAUGAAUCAACUACCUUGCUGCUGUAAAAAACAAUUUUUAUUUUGUAAUUUUCUCGUAUUUGUAAUUAAUAAUAGUAAC